AUGGACACAAACGCCGCAGCCUCAACGCUGACCAGGCAGCGUAUCAGCGUGGCUGUUCUCACCUUCGCAGCGACGGCGACGCUCGGCUACUUUUGCUACCGCAUCUACAACCCCCCUCUUCCCGAGCCGCUACCCGACCGCCGCCUGCACAGGAGCAAUGCUGUUCGCCACCGCCGGCGCUCGCUUCCGAAUGUCGCUCGCGGACACGACCGCCAGCCUUCCGAAGCCUCGUACACUUCGGCUGAGUCCCACGGCGACGAGAACGUCGACAUCAACACGGUCCGGCCCUUGAAUGAUGGCGAGACGGUUGCCGACGAACAUGUUCUCGACGACAACUGGUACGACGACGAAAGCAAUCACUAUGCCCAGCACCAGCACCAGCACCAGCGCGCCGGUCAGAACAUCGUCAGCCUGCUGUUCCGCGUCUCCGAGGACAAUGCCCGCCGUAGCGCAUACGUGCACCGGGGCUGCCAAUGUAACAGCUGUGGUAUUGUCCCGAUUCGCGGCAUCCGCUACCGCUGUGCCAACUGCGCCGACUUUGAUCUCUGCGAGACGUGCGAGUCCCAGGGCCUCCAUACCAAGACGCACGUCUUCUACAAGAUCAAAGUCCCUGCCCCGCGUCUGGGUGCCCGUCAGCUGCAACCCGUGUGGUACCCCGGCGACCCGGAGAACUGCCUGAGGCUUCUGCCUAAGCACUUAAUGGCCAAGCUAUCCAAGGAAACAGGGUUUGAGCGCGCAGAGCUGGAAGCCCUAUGGGAACAGUGGACAUUCAUGGCCAACACCGAGUGGAGGGAGGACCCGGAUGGCCUUGGCCUGGCCAUGGAUCGCAAGACGUUCGAACGCUACUUGAUCCCAUCGGGCGGAUACAGGCAUAUUGCCCCGAACCUGUUGCACGACCGCAUGUUCGCCUUCUACGACGACAACAAAGACGAUCUCAUUGGCUUCUCCGAGUUCCUCCGCGGGACUGCGUACCGCAAGCGACGGGACCGUCUCCGCAGGAUUUUUGAUGGCUACGACGUCGAUGGCGAUGGCUAUGUCAACCGCCGCGAUUUUCUGCGCUUGUUCCGCGCCUACUACGUCUUGUUCAGGCAAAUGCACAAGGACAUUCUCGACGGGCUCGAUGAUCAGGUCAUGAGCUCCGUCGAAGUUGAGCAGCUCAUAAAUAGCAGGCAACCACUGAGCAGCCUUUUUGGCCGCGAAGGGGGCUUCCCCCACAUCGCCUCUCACGGCCGUAUGGAGGGCAAGGGCUCGAACGAGGCCAUAAGGGCUGUGAGUGAGGAUGCACCCGACGUUGCGGAUAGACAGUCGGUUCUGGCAAGCGUGUUUACGGAACAGGCCCUCGCUGGUGAUGCUGGCGAGAGCCUUUUCGUGCCCAGUAUGGAAAAUCCACGGUCUUCAACAGAAAGGGAAUCAGGGAUAGAGUAUCUGAAUGGGCUUCUGAACCCCCCAACUCGGAUCAACGAACUACCCGCAUUACUUCUCGGUGAAACGCGUGAUGGGGAAGACUUUCUGGUCGUCGUGGAUGACGGAGGUAACCAGGAUGGAAGCAGCAAUGAGCCAGAGGAGCCGAGCGGAGACGAAAGCCCGCCAAUACCUGGGGAGAAUGGCGGUAUUUCAGGAGAAGACGCAGGCGCGAAUCAUCGGGAGACAGACGGCUUUUCGGACCAAGGUGAAGCCGAAGCGAAUGAACGGGGGAUGCGACGUGUGCCUUACAAGGCCGUCAGGAGCGCGCGAAGAAAGCUAUUCGACCGGUGGAAGAGGCGUCAGUUUUACUUGGACGAGGAAGAGGGAGCAGUACCGCCAGAAGGUUGGAGCGAUGACCAGGAUGUUUUGACAACCCUGAAUUCCCCGGCGGAGGAGUCCAAAGCCGCACAGCACCCCGUACUGUCUCGAUCUCGAUCAUCCUCCAAGGUAAGGUUUGCUGAAGACGCAGACGAUUUUGACAUCAGGUCCAACCCUUCAACGUCUUCGAGGAGCGUUCCUGAACGGUGGGGUGGGCUGGAGAUUCCCGAUGCCGAGCGAGACGUGGGCAAGGAAAUCUUUUACCAAGUCAUGCAGCAAGCCUUCAACGAGAUUCUUGAUAGGAUAUUCAAGGCGAAAGAGGACCUUGCCGUGAAGGCUGCCGAAACCAAAGAGGAGCGCGACAAGUACAGGCACCUCUUCCAGUCAAUUGAUCUUCAUGAGGGCGAAGAGACAAAGAGUGGUUCAGGGCCGGCCGCAAAGCCAGUUCAAGAGCAAUCUUUGCAAGAUCUACUCCGUGCGACCGGGUAUUCAAUCGAUACCAGCCUCCGGAACGAGGACAAUACCGGGGAGGGUGUGGCUGACGACGGCGAGCAUAGCGAAACCAGCGCCGAAGACGAAGAUGAAAUCCCUCCGCUAAUAGGAGACGACGAUGGACCUGCCGAGGAGGUCUCGGUUAUCGAACCUACCCCCCAUCGAGAUCCAACCAUGCCUCAGUUCCGGCCCAAUUCAGUAGCAGCAACGUACAAUGAAACCCCGCCACCAAUACCACCCAAGGCUACGGCAGAAAAGACCGAGCGCCUCGACCUCGCCGAGGAGGAGGCAAAGCAGCGUGGCGGGUGGGGGCGGCUCAGUUACGCAGAGUUUGAGCGCAUCUAUAAGUCUGAGGAGGCCAGAGGCAAACGGCUCGACUAUCUCGGGACGUGGAUUGACUUUUGUAUCCCGUUUAACUAGGAGCUCGGGACGACAUACCGCUCGUACCCCGUAUCCAACGAGCCCCAUGAGCCUAGGUUGUCUAGGCGGCAGCGGUGGCUGCUUCUUGCGCUCUUCCAGCGGUUGGCGGAGGACCCUAGAUCAUGGGUAAUUCCGGAAACCCCAGUUUUAAACUGAGCGUGGUGGAUCAAAGCCUUGUAUUGGUAGCGGACCACAGAACAAAUAGCGCUCUAGCAGAGCCUGCAGGCGCCUUCAACCGCGAAAGGAGUCGCAGUUGAAGAUGGGCACAACGGCCUUGUAUCGUAAUUCAGCUCGUAGCAGUGGUAGAUGAUGAUGUUUGAGUACUAUUGGAUCAGCAUAGGAUACAAACGUCUGGGUGUAUUAUUGUUUACUCUGUGACCGGCUCGGUUACCUACUACGUAUCUCCACUAACCUUGCAUUAUCGGAUCUCUUAAGGAUUGCAACAUUAAGCCGCACCAAAGACUAUG